AUGUCUUCUAGGAAAGCAUUGACAAGCUUUUCCAUGCACUCCAUCAGGCACCUGUUGGUUCUCUCCUGUCUGCUCCGUUUCAUAUCUGCAAAUGUCCCAGAGACCGUCAGGGACCGAGCACACAAAUUGUUGACCAAAUAUCCUCUUAUUGACGCAUAAAGCUUUCAUAAUGACAUAGCUACUUCGCUGAGGGCCCAUUACGACAACAGCCUGAGUGAAAUUGACCAUCAUAAUCUCAGUCAUCUGACCACCGACAUCACCCGUCUCAAAGCAGGCCGUGUUCAGACACAGAUGUUUGCAGCCUUUGUGCUCUGUCCGGCCCAAGACAAGGACGCCGUGAGACUGACGCUGGAACAAAUAGAUGUGAUCAGACACAUGUGCACUGAGCACCAGGAGUUUGAGCUGGUCACGUCUACCGAAGAACUGGAGAAUGCGGAGAAGAGGCAUAAGAUGCAUAAGGCAUGUCUCAUAAGUAUUGAGGGAGGACACUCCAUCGACAGCAGCCUGCCAACUCUCCGGAUGUUUUACCGUCUCAGUGUCCGCUCCAUGACCAUCACACACAACUGCAAUACACUCUGGGCACAGACAUCUUCAAACUUGUAUAGUUUCUAUCUAAGUCUGUAUAACAGCCUGACAAGCUUUGGCAAGGCUGUGGUGGAGGAGAUGAACAUCCUGGGGAUGAUAGUGGACAUCUCCCACACAACUUGGGACACGGCCUCGGCUUUGCUGAACCACACCAAGGCUCCUGUUAUUUUCAGCCAUUCGUCCUCCUACUUCAUCUGUCGCAGCCAUCGCAAUGUUCCUGACUGGCUUCUGCACUAGCUGGUGAGAAAGACUUUGUGUAUCAUGGUAAAUUUCCACACCAAUUUUGUUUCCUGCAAAGACAAGGCUAACAUCUUUCACGUGGCAGACCAUUUUGAUCACAUGAAGAAGUUGAUUGGAGCUGAGUCGAUCGGAUUCGGGGCAGACUUUGAAGGCGCUCCAACGUUUCCUCAGGGGCUAGAGGAUGUGUCCAAGUAUCCUCACCUGAUCCAGGAACUACUGCAAAGGAACUGGACAGAAAACGAUUUGGCUAAUGUCCUUAGAAGGAAUUUCCUGCGAGUUUUUAGGGAGGUUGAGCGGGUCCGUGAUCAGUUAAAUGUCACCCUACCCAGUUAG